CCCAUCGCCACGGACUGAUGCGCUGCGCUCUCUACAGCUCCACUGCCACGUAUUCGUAUGCCACUAUUGCUCAUGGUUGUUGGGUAUUGUAUGUAGAAUUAUUAAUAUGAGAGCUUCGUAAUUUUGUCGUGUCUUUCCUGUACGCUGCCCCGGGGGACUGCCGCCUCCGUGGCCGCCGCCCUUCCACCCGCCGCGGAGAGUUAAUUUAUUACCUAUGGAAGUUUCCUUGUCACGCCUAUUCCAAUGAUAGGUGUAGCCGACUGAUAUGCUAUCUGAAAUUUGAUAAAUCAAACAGAUGCACUCAGGUUGUAAAUGUUUAACAAGAUACAGAAAAGUAAUAACACUUUAGGUGUGUAGAGGCUUGUGUUGACACUUGGCGGCCAGCAGCUGGCGACGAGGCGAAGGAAGAGGAGCCCCUGCAGUGUUGUGGCCCGCCGCUAACACCACCAACACUGCUCUCUGGUCAUGGUCAGACUAAAAAACAGACAAUAAGUUACUAGUGUCAGCCAGUGUACCACCAUGCAGCUGUUAGACAAUGGGCGGGGCCUUGCUGCAGCUGUGUUCUAUGGGGUGUGCUCGUCUUCCAUGGCUUUCCUCAACAAGGCUGUCAUCUACUCAUAUGAGUUCCCAUUUCCAUUCUUCAUUAUGGCAUGCCAGAUGCUAGUGACUGUGCUCUUCCUGGAGUUAGCAGCAAGCCUAGGGAAGGUCAAAUUGCCAGCCUACACAUGGCGGUCAGCACGCAGCUUUCUGGCACCUUCUUUGGGCUAUGCCUUUCAUGCUACUCUUUCCCUCAUGGCUCUUCAAGGAAUGAACAUCCCCAUGUAUGGAGCAGUGAAGCGGUGCACACCCCUUGUCAACCUGAUCUUGGCGGUGGUCAUCCUGCGGCGGCCAUUCCCAUCAUUCACUCUUAUUAUGUCCAUCCUCAUAAUCACUACAGGCUGCUUUGUUGCAGUGUUGGGUGACCUUACAUUUGAUGGGUUUGCCUACAGUAUGGGUGCUCUUAGUGUGCUGGCUCAAGGGCUUUACCUAACACUAGUGCAGCAGUGUGCUGAAAAUCAGCUGUCCACCUUGGAAAUUCUUCAGCUUAACAGCUACAACACACUAGCACCAUUCAUUGUCAUGUCUGUGCUUGUUGGUGAACCAGAAGAUAUAGUCAAGAGCAAAUAUAUUGGAGAUAUUGGGUUUCAUGUUCUUUUCUGGAUCUUGGUGUCCAUGGGUGCAGUGCUGAACUAUUCCCUUUUCCUGUGCACUGCCCUCAACUCAGCGCUCACCACCUCACUUGUGGGCGUGGCCAAGUCUGUCAUUCAGACACUUGUUGGCUUCUUUGUUUUUGGAGGCAUUAAAUAUCAUCCUCUUAAUAUUGCUGGCAUUGUUAUGAAUACAUUCGGGGGAUUCAUGUACACCUACACCAAGUAUCAAGAGGCACAGAGGAAAACUUCUCAUAAAGAUGAAAAUUUCAACAAAGUCAAGGCUGGAGAAAGUCUUGAAACGUUGCCAGCCAGCCGGCACAGUGCCCAGGAGGCAAGUAAGGAAGAACUCACUCUGAGUGAAAUUAAAGUUAGUUAGUGUAUUUAUUUUAUUCUUUUGAUGCUGUCCUAAGCAAUUUUUGAACCAAAUUACUAAAAUGUUGCCUUGUAACAUCACCCUUUAAAAAGGAGAGAUGUAUAGUAUUGUAAUGUAGAAUAACUAGUUAGAGCAAGUUUGCAAAGUACAUAUUUAUUUAUUUAUAUACAUUUUUAUAUGUCCAUAUUUUUGUGGAUGAGAGUGAAUCUUAAACUAAUAUUCUUGUAUGCCUGAUUCGUGAUCCACGUAGAGCAGGAGAAGGUGAAUGUGUGACCUAUUGUCCUCGUAUAAGGCUUGCUAGACCAUUUGAUGAUGCCUAUGAAGCAAAGCAUAAAUGCCAUUUCAUAAUCAUGAAAAUAUGUAUUCCAUUCCUUUUUUGUACCGUCAACCCUCGUUAUCUGACAUUUCAUUCUUCCGACACUUAAUAAUACUUACCCUCUUUCACUGUUUGACAUGCGUGGCAGACAUUUGCUUGCCCGCCAGCUAGUGAUUGUGGUAGCUAAAGUGCAUUUUGGCAUACAAGACAGAGCAAGACCAUCUUGGACCUCCCUUGUGUGACUUGCCGGAACUCUCUAUUUUUCUCAGCUGAUGGGGGGAGAGGACAAGAUGAAGCAAAGCUAUUUAUCAUUUUAUUACUCUUUGAGGAAUAUAUGGUGCCACAAGUUGUACUAGUCACAAGUUAAUCUAGUUGCAAGGUCUUCAAUACAAAAGGAAAUUUUUCCAAGCUAUUUAUGUAAAUGUACAAUAAACCCUUGCCUCUAUGGACUUCAGUAUAAUGAAUUUCAGCUUUAACAGUUUUUUUGCCAGUCCAGUAUGUGCAGGGAUUUACCAAACAAAUUCAGUAAUUGAUGGGUUAGGUUCAAUGUGUAAUUAUUGUUUUAGUUUCUCUGUACGUGUGUUGUAUUUGUGAUGGAUGCAUGUAUGCAAGUAUACGAACUUUCAUCUAAUAAUGCAAACAAGAUCUGUUGUCUACGGAAAUGGUCGGAAAUAGCGAACUUUCAGCUCAUAUAACAAACAAAGUUUGCUGCAUGCCAAAAGUUUGGAUCUUUUGGAUAUAACGGAUUAUCGUAUAAAGUGUUACCCCCUUCUCCCCAAAUAGUUUGUUAAAGUAAGGGUUUCCUGUAUUCACUAAAAAUGCCUGUAACUCUUACUGUCUUUGAAAAGCUAACAAAUAGCAUCAAUCCAUUUUUUUGCUGCUGAUGAGGGUGAUGUGUGUUUUUACUUGUAUGCAUUUGGUGGAACCUCAUUGAGUUACCUCUGCUUUUAAGUAUACACCCAUAUAUCUACUUGUAUCCUAUUAUGGGUAAUGUGUAUUCAAAGUAACAAAGCAAAAAGAGAUGCGUGGCUGCCAGUAUGAGGUCUGGCUGUGUUCUCUGCUUUUGGCACUCAUGGGUGGCAGGACAAUAGCUCUGUUUGGCUGUCUCAAAGCUUCAGGGCAAGAUUUACAUAGAUUUACAUAGAAAAUCAGACCACACAGACCCCAUGGUCCAGACUUGGUGGUCUGUCCUUAAACCUAAGUGAUUUUACAUUAAUCAGAAGACUCCGAGUGAAGUUUUGGGCGAAGCUUUCCCCUAAGCUGGUUGGGAUGGAAACAACCACUAAUGACGGGUUGCUAGUAGACAUUGGAAAAAGCCAGCAUGGCCCUGACAAUAGGCUUACAUGGAAAACAAUGAAGACAUAAUAGGAAGAUUUUUUAUUCUUGCAGGACUGUAUAAAUUAGAAAAAGAAAUCCCUACAAAAUAUGGAAAAUACAAGAUAAGAAAACAAAAAGCUUGCAGGAUGCACUCAAUAGAAGUAAAUAAUGUAGAAGGGGGCACUACUGCAAAGGCAAAACUUCUUGACACUCAUCUGAUCUGAUCUGAGUCAAUGUUAUUUGUCAAUUUUUCAAAGAAGAUAGAAAAUUAGGCAUUUUUGGAGAAUACAAUGAUGCUAAGUAGCUCAGCAAGCUAUUCAUAUUAUUUGUAGACCUUCGUAAUUGUGACUAGUUUAGCAUGUGUUGUCCUUAACCCUUAAACGACUGCCAUCUUUUAUUUAAUCAGACUCAAAUUUCGCCAGUUCUUUGACUUGCCAAGCUGUCUGCUAGAAUAUUUGACCCUAAUGGAUUGGAGAUGAGGUCACUAGUUUGCAGAGAGCUGCCAUGGAUCCCACACCUUGCACUUCUCCAGAAAACAUAGGGAAACACAGUGAUGCAUCAGGAGGAAAGGACAGGGUAGAAAGAAGAUUAUUCUGAGUACAAUGAGAGGAGGGAUGAAUACAUUGUGAAGAGUAAUGAUGGUAGUGAGAGAGAUGUAGGGGGUGAUGAUGUUACUUUACCAUCUGUACUACACUACCUCAGCAAAUACUCCCAUCACAGCAGUGAGGGUAAGAAGGGUACAUGAAAGGUGUGUGUUACCUCAACUGAGACACGCACUUGAGUCACCUGCCUCCCAGCAUGCCCAUGCCCCACACACCUCCUCUCCUGUAGCUGCCACACCAGACACCUCAUGCCAGUCCACAGGAAUAUUUUGUAAGAGGGCCAGAAGUUUUACCCCCAGAUGUUAGUGUUGUUGCUAAGAGAACAAGAAAUCAGAGUGUAUCUAAUGACCGCUGCUCUCAUUGACAAGGCACAAGGGGGAAGAGAGAAAGUGUGAGGUAUGACAUCACCGUUGUUAGUCUGUGUUGACAAGCUGUGCAUCCUUAUAGGAGGUCUUCUCCAAGCUACCUGGAGCAAUGUUUUGUGCCGGCAGCUCACACUCUAGCUACAUUUCACACCCUUUAGCGUGACUAUUACAUAACGUAUCACAAUUUGGAUUUCACCGCUGUGUUCAGUGAGCUAAGACGUUUCAUAUAAUAUGAAUAAUAAUAUAAGAAAAAUAGCAGCUGUUUUGACUCAUAUCUCGACCAUUCACUGAAAACAGUACCCAUUGUUUAAGGGUUAGGGGGAGAAUUUGUUGUUGCUUUAAUUUGCGUCUUGGGUCUUGAUUUAUAUAGCGGUAUAUGUUAUGCAGAACUACUCUGAAUUUGUCAUUGCACAAAAUCAUUGAUCGAACAUUUUUUCCUUUGUUUUCAUUUUUUUGCUUCAUUGUUUGUGGUCUAAUUUGUUUUUCACUUGCCCUUAUUACCUUCAUAAGAACUCUCUUGUCAAUGUUUUCAAUAAAUUUUAAUUUACUUGCAAUAGAAAUUGUGAAAAACUAGUUCUAUAUUUUUUAACAAUAUGCAAAAAAAAUUAACAGGACAUUUUAUUUUAUUAUAUUUCAAUUUUAAACCCAGUUUUGAUUGAAAUCAUGCAAGUAAUGCAGGAGUUGAUGCAUUUUGUAAUUUUUAUGCAUAAUUUUGAAAAAGAAGCAAUUGAAGUUUUUGUUCCAAGUGAAGUUACAAUGCGGCAAAGCUGUUUUUAUAUGAUUUAUCUGGGUUCCUUAACCAAUGCCAAUGUAUAUACAUAAGGAUCUGGUACUUGGUACUCCAUUUUGAAGGUAUUAUUUGCUUGAGGAAGAGCGUAUCAGGAUGCGCCAUACCUCUUAUUGUCACCAAGUUUGAUUAUUAGCUCUGUUCUUUGGUAGAACUAAUAUCUUCUUUUUUUUUCUCUUUUUCUUGGGUUAGCUUGGUGUUAUCCUUAGUUUCUCUUGGAGGUCUAAACCUUUUUUUAUAUAUUUAUUGCUUCUAAACAUCUUUGUUAGCAAAUGACAUCUCAGUGCACAUUGCUCACUGAAAACUGAGCGGGUGAGGCACACAAAGGUGCCAAUGCGAUUGCCAGAUUCACAAGAAUGUAUUGGUAUGUGUGUUUUGUCAUAUUCAUCGAAAAUAAUGCGCGAUAUUGACUCAACCAAACGCACCAUGGCUUGCGUGCCAUGCCCACCCAGUGAGUAAUUAAAUGGUGUUAGCUAAGGGCAUUUUUAUUUAUGGAAUAACAAAAAAAUUCUGACAUUAGAUGUCUUUAGACCAGAUGGUGUUCCCAGAACAUUAAACUAGAUUUUUUUUCAAUAUAUAUAUAUAUAUAUAUAUAUAUAUAUAUAUAUAUAUAUAUAUAUAUAUAUAUAUAUAUAUAUAUAUAUAUAUAUAUAUAUAUAUAUAUAUAUAUAUAUAUACAGUCAUACCUCGGUUUAUGAGUUUAAUUCAUUCCGGAAUUUUCCUUGUACACCAAAACACUCAUAAACCAAAAUGAAUUUACCCAUUGAAAUUAAUGUAAAUCCCAUUAAUGCAUUCCAUAUCUCUUUUUUUUUUUUAAAUCAUUUUACAUGUUAUUUUAUCCAGAAUUAAAGUAAUUUUACUAAAUAAUAGCAAUAAUAAAUAAAAUAAAAUACAAAUCAAUGUGUUACGGUUGUUACGGAGACUCCUGCAAUCGCUAAUUACGAUCGAGGUGUAGGCUUUGCACCAGGGUUUAGAAGCCUCAGUUUCCCUAUUCUCGAGGCACCGGAACUAUGUUCAACCACCAAUGUGAAGCUAUCCCGAUGUAUCGUCUGAGGUGGAGGGUGAACGGGAGUGACAGUCAUGUCCAGGAGGGCAUACGAGCCACUGAGGCUCGCACCCCAUUCCUGUUACGAGCAUAGUAUCCGCCGUUCCUGUUUUCUUCUUUGCAGAACCAUCCCUUUUAACCAUCUUUCUGGGGGACAGUGUUAAAGCACAAAGAACGCACACGCACACAGAAGCACAAAUGCAAACGGACACGAGGUCACGGAUAUUAUCUCUACAAGUUUACAAAGCGGACUGAGACUAGGGUUGCCAACAUGCCACCCUUUCCUUAAAAUACGGAAUGCCAAUUGUUCCGCAUUUGACUGUCUGAAUGGUUAAGCAGAUAAAAUUCAAUACGGCAUUUUAAAACUGUAGUGAGCGCAUUUUUCGGUGAACCACAAAACUAGUCCAUAAAAUUAUGUUUGUAAAGUGUUGUCCUGAAAUACGUGUAAAAUACGCAUCAUAACGUCCCUCCCCCAUCCUCCUCCCUUCUCCAGCAGCGGGUGUCAGUCAUGGCAGGCUAGAAAAAUUUUAGGGUUGCCACUCGUCCUUAAAAUAUGGAUUCGUUCUGUAUUGGAGAAUGGUAUGUUGCAUUCCUUAUUUUAUUUUGCUCAAGGUGGCAACUCUAACUGAGACUAUUCCAAUUGUUCUCCUCUUUGAGCACUCUCAUCUUGUGGUGAACAAAGGGAACCCACGCUUGUGUCUUCAACUUGUACAAAAAACACGGCAGUUCUUGUCGAAAGACCGACUUGGUCAGCUAGGCUGACGUCAGCCAAUAGAGUCGGUCUAUUGGCAUCUUCCCCUCCCUUUCAUAAGCUGUCACCCGGCAAGGGUCUGUGGUCCCUCCUCGGAGGGAUGUACGCAUUUGAGCCUGACGGCCUCCAUAUAACCCGUGUCCCAUGAGGUGGCGAUGAAUUAUAAAAAAAAAAAAAUUGUACAAACAGGAUGCUCGUAUGCCAAGUCACCACUCGUAAACCAAAGCAUGUUUUGUGAUUAUUUUUUGCUCGUAAAUCAAAACACUGGUUAACUAAUAUAUAUAUAUAA